AUGACGAAGAAUUUGGAAUCAGAUUAUGGAGAAAAUGUCUUCAAAGCUCUCAUGCAGAUAGGACCACUACUACCCCUAGUCCUUCAUCACACAACUUACAGACAUAGCACGCUGGAAGAGAUAUCCAGAAGUGAUUCUGAAAAUGCGGCGUCAUCCUGUGACCUUACUAAAAUACUUGAUUGUAGGCUUUGUCUGUGUCGUGAUGGGACCUUUUGCCAUCCGACUUCUGAGAGAAGUAGAAAAGAUUUAAUCAACAAAGGAAAUGUGGCAGUUGUUUUAGGCAAGAAAGAAAAGUAUGACUGGCAUAACUAUAAACUGAUUGAAGAAGACAUUGCCCGAAAAGGACCUGGAGAACAAGGGGCAGCUGUAAUUCUUACUCCCGAAGAAGAAAAACAAAAAGAUGUUUUAUAUAAGACCAAUGGUUUUAAUGCCUUUGUCAGUGACAAAAUAUCAUUACAAAGAUCUCUCAAAGAUAUACGGCACCCAGAUUGUGCCCACAAGAAAUAUUUGUAUCAUUUACCAAAUGCCAGUGUAGUGGUUCCAUUUCAUAAUGAACACUGGUCAACAUUAUUACGGACAGUUUACAGUGUUUUAAAUCGAUCACCAAAACAUUUGAUUCAUGAAGUUAUACUAGUGGAUGAUUUCAGUACCAAAGAACAUUGCAAAGUGCAGCUGGAUAAAUAUGUAAACACAUAUUUCACCAAUGUCAAAGUAAUACGUGCCAAACAACGAGAAGGUUUAAUUCGUACACGUCUUCUUGGAGCCAAGGUAGCCACUGGGCAGGUUCUUAUCUUUUUAGAUUCUCAUGUUGAAGCUAAUGUCAAUUGGUUGCCGCCAUUGCUUGAACCAAUUGCUGAAAAUUGGAAAACUGUUGUUUGUCCAUUUAUUGAUGUCAUUGAUUAUGAAACAUUUGCAUACCGUGCACAAGAUGAAGGUGCACGGGGAGCUUUUGAUUGGGAAAUGUUCUAUAAGAGAUUACCCCUUCUUCAAAGUGACCUCCAACAUCCUGCUGACCCUUUCAAGAGUCCUGUAAUGGCUGGGGGACUAUUUGCCAUUGACCGAAAUUGGUUUUGGGAACUUGGUGGCUAUGACCCUGGUCUUGAUAUCUGGGGAGGGGAACAGUAUGAGCUGUCUUUUAAGAUUUGGCAAUGUGGGGGUGAAAUGGUGGAUGCUCCUUGUUCCAGAGUUGGACAUGUAUACCGAAAAUUUGCACCUUUUAUAAAUCCUGGUGUGGGUGAUUUUGUUGGAAGAAAUUAUCGACGUGUUGCUGAAGUAUGGAUGGAUGAAUAUAAAGAAUAUCUAUAUCUACGACGUCCCCACUAUAGAGAUAUUGACCCUGGAGACAUGACCGCACAAGUAGAAAUUAGAAACAGACUUAAGUGUAAACCCUUCAGUUGGUUUAUGAAGGAGGUGGCCUUUGAUUUGCCAAAAUUCUACCCUCCUGUGGAACCACCAAAUAUUGCAGAUGGUGAAAUUAGGAACAAAGCAAGUAAUUUAUGCCUUGAUACUCGGUUCCGAGGUCCAAAUGAGCGGUUCCAAUUAGAGGCCUGUAUCAAAGAUGGUCAAGGACAAGGAGAACAGAAAUUUGAAUUAACUUGGCAUAAAGAUAUUCGUCCCUGGAAGCGCAGUGUCUGUUUUGAUGUAUCACAGACAAUCCCAAAGGCUCCAGUAAUUCUUUAUACCUGUCAUGGCAUGCAGGGAAAUCAAAGGUGGAAAUAUAAUUAUGAGACAAAGCAACUGUACCACCCAAUCAGCCAACAGUGCCUGGACUGCGACCAUGGCAGGCUUUCUUUCUUUCAUACUUAUUUCUUUUCUUUUCUCAAUUUCCACUUAUUUUUCUAUUUCAUGAUUCUUUUUAGUUUAAUUUCUUCUUUCUUCACAUAUUUCUUUUCUCUUUCUAUUCUCUUAUUUUUUUAUCACUUUCCCUUUAUCUCGCUCCUUUUACAUGGUUUUUCAUAA